AAGACACAUAUUCAAAAGUUACCAACAAAAACAAAGAAGAUUAAUAGAAUACAUAAAUCUUCCUAAAUGUCUACAUAAACUCUGCAACUAAUAACAUAACUUCAUUGUUCAUGCAAUUUGACAUUUAUGAAUCUAAUGUACUGGGAGGACCAAGGAUUCUAUUUCUGAUAACAUACUAGUAACUCCCUCCUGAAGAACAGGUAAGGAAAGCAUAGAAAAAUGGCCUAAACUUUCUUAGAUGAAAAAAAAAAUGCUGUUGAUAUAAACUAUAUUGAAAUGAACUAACUGGAGUCACAAUAGUAUGCCUGGUUCAGCUGGGCUUGCCACUGGCAGUAGCAAAGACUGUAUUUUCUGAAAAAAUAUACUUAAAAAAAAUAAAAACUUGUGACAAACAGAUCAACUGUGAAAUGCUCUAGAGCAUGCAGAUAAUUGCUUUGUGGCUUAUAAAAAUGAACUGGUUUACUCUCUGAAAUCAUAAUUAUGAUUAGAAACCCUAGGGCUUAUUUAACAAUGAAACAGGAAGAAUGAAAUUAAGGGGGAAAAAUACCAAAAUAACCUUAAAAACAAAAUUUUGGCAAUAAAAAGUAAUGAACUACUGAUCCAUGCUUCAACAUGGAUGAACCUUGAAGACAUUUAUGCUAAGUGAAAGGACUUAGGUAUAAAACACAUCAUGUUAUACAAAUACGAUAGAAAUCCAUUUGUAAGAAAGGUUCAGCACCGGCAAAUCUAGAGGAUCUGUGGUUUCCUAGGGCUGUCAGGGCAACAGGAGAAGAAUAUGUGGAGGGAAAGGGCAUGGCUGCUAAUGGUAUGGGGUUUCUUUCUGGAGCGAUGAAAAUGUUCCAAAAUUGUGAUUAUGGUGGCACAUUUCUAUGAAUAUACUAAACCCCCCUGACUGGCAUAUCUUAAAUAGGUAAAUUGGAUGGUUUGUGAAUUUUAUCUGAUAAAGCUGUUAUUAAAAUUUUCAAAUCCAGCUCUCUGGGCUUGGACCUGGCUGGGGGCGACAUGGCCAAAUGCACCAAGAAGGUAGGAAUUGUGGGUAAAUACGGGACCCUAUAUGGGGCCUCUCUCAGGAAGAUGGUGAAGAAGAUUGAGAUUAGCCAGCACGCCAAGUACACCUGCUCCUUCUGUGGCAAGACCAAGAUGAAAAGGCGAGCAGUGGGCAUCUGGCACUGUGGCUCCUGCAUGAAGACCAUGGCCGGUGGUGCCUGGACCUACAACACCACUUCUGCUGUCACAGUAAAGUCUGCCAUCAGAAGACUGAAGGAGUUGAAAGACCAGUAGAGGCUCUGCCAUUUGAAACAUUCCUAGCCUAUAAUAAAUGGGUUAAUUUAUAUAAUAAAAUUACUUGGGCUUGUUGUUAAAAAAAUUUUUUUUCAAAUCCAAUUUAAGUAAAUAUUAAAUGAAGUUCUUGAGUCCAUUAAUUAAGCUAGAUACACAAAAGGCCUGCUAACUUACUGCCAGAGGACAAACCCAUUAGCAUAGGUUACUGCUGCCCAAAAUUAUCCUCUUUGUCAUUAUGGAGAAGUAUGUGAAGGUGUGAACACAAAUAACAACUCUGUUAAACCACAAUUUUCAGUAAUCUCCAAGAAUUUCCAAAAACCCUACAUACUGGUCUAGAUAGAGAUUGUGAAAUGAGUUUUAAUUUCAUAUAUCCGAAACACUGCCAUGCAAAUGAAUACAUGCCCUAAACUCGAAAGACAUUAGCCCACAGGCAAAUAAAACUUUUAAUAAAAAGUUUCAGAUAAACCACAUUAAAAUACUACUAUACUUCUUCGCGACCUUGAUGAUUACUGCUACCCAGGACAUUUCUACUAGAAUAUCAUGAGUCAGGUUAAUUAAAAUGUGUCACAAGUCAAUCUUUGAGAAAUACAGCAAAUGCUUUAUAAAUUUGAAAGGUGAUGGUUUUCGUAGUUAUGGUAGUAUGGGUAUCAGAUUAAUUUCUAACAUUGUCUUUUAAAAGAUCCCACUACAGUAGCCAUGAAAUAACUGAAUUUCAUCAAGAAAAUAUCCAUGGUCUUUUAUGCCUUAUCCACAUAUAUACCAAUGAUUUUAGAACAAAAAAAUGUACAGUCAGUAUUUUAAAAACAGAUAAUUUGAAAGGCUUACAUGAAAGCAUUAUGGACUAAUAUAUGUAUUAUGUUUAAUCUGUAAUCAUAGUAAAAGCCAAAGUUCAUAUAAUUAGAUUCUCUGGAUUUCAAAACUCUAGCCUCUUUUACAACUUAAAACCUGGGAUGUGUGCUAACUGGAGUGAACCUCAGGAAACAACUGAAGUGAACAAUGCAGGAAGCAACUGAGAAAAGAAAGAGAGAAAGACCAGAGAGAUCAAAAUAUGCUCCAACUGUAAGAGUUUCUAAUAAGCAAUAAAAAAAAUUUUAAAUAUAGUUUUUUUUUUUUUAAACUAAGUACCUCAAUUCCUGUUUUAAGAUCAUUUCAGCCCUAGAGGCAAAAAGGCCAACUUCCCUACCGCUGAAGGAAAGAGAAGAGAAAAAAGUGGACCCUCUCUUUAGGACACUGACAGCCAAGUAAAUGCCAAACUACAGCAACUCCAUUUUUAAUCAACCAUAAUGAAAGAGUUGUUUAAGGCACUGCUCUUAGAAGCCAAGUACCUCAGCCAAGUUUGGAAAUAAGCCAAGUAAGUUAUUUUUAAUUUAACAAAACUAAAAAGAAGGUUUUGUUAACACAAAACUUUCAUUCACCCUCAUUCUGCUGUUCUCUCUAUGCUCAGCUCCCCAAUUCCCAUUUCCACUCCAAAGCUCUGUGCUCAAUCUAAUGGAUGCUUAAGUGAAAUUCCUACAGUUUAUGAUUGACUUUAACCUACCCCUUUGUGUGUUCAGGCAUAUCUGGCUGGUUAUAUCCUUGCCCACAUUUUAAUUUACAUGUAAGAUUUUUGGUCAGGAGAACAGGAACUGCUCAAUUUUUGGCAUGGAAAGCUGUAAUUGCAAUACUAUAUGAUUUUAGUUAUAAGAGAGCAGAUCAAAUCCAGAGUUCUUCUACCAAAAGCCUUACCAAGUAAUUAACAUGCAUGUUUCUGGAAUACACUUCCAAACAACUAAUUGUUUUAAGUCUAAUUGCUAUUUUAGCUCAAAAUUAACAAAAAUGAACUGUUUGAAUAUAUUGGUUUCUUAGGUUCAAAGUUCAUUAAGGCUUAAUUCCUUCAUCAAAUAAUAAAUACAUAUAUACAUUCAUACAUACACGAAACAUGGACUCUGUAGGAUAAAAGGAAAUAUUUCAUAAUAUGAGUUGCCUUUUUAUUAAGCUGCUCAUUAAGUGAAACUGUCUAUUGUCUUCAAGUUCAACGCUAAAUCAAUUCCCUCAUUUAUACAAAUGAAAGGCUCAGAUAAACUCUCGUUCUAAAGCCAUAUUUAAUUAACUCAAACACAAUUUUCUGACCCAAGGGCAUUUUAGCAAAAUCUGUAAUAGCAGCCUUCUAAAGGUUAAAGAGAAGGAAACGCUAUUUUCCAAGUUUGGAAAGACUGGAGGAAUGCUUACCCAUAUGUAGAGUUUUCUAUCUUGCACCUGGUAUACAGAGAUAUGCUCUUCUAGACACUAUUCCAAGAGGCACUGUACUGUGUGGACUCUCUUUGAUAUGGUUAAGAGAAUGACAAAGAAAUAUAGUAAUUGGCAAAUGUAUAGGAAGGGAUUUGGGGGUCAGUGGGCAUGGUUUCACUAUGAAAACCGUUUUUUAAAAAACAUGAGAAACACAAACUAAGUAAUAGUGUACUCUGUCAUCAGGACAUUCACAUAGGAAACAAUGCACCAGAAUUAUUAUUAUAAUGCAUUAAAUUAUACAGAUAGGGCAUUUUUAAAGUGAAUCUUCAGCCUAAACAGAUUUAAACAGAAGGGAAAUCUAUUGUAAGG